UUUUUUUUUUUUUUUUUGUGUUCUCUCAUUUCACCUUUCCUGAUCGAUUGUGUUUCUCCGUUUCUCCGAGAUUCCUCCUGCCUCGUGAAAGGCUUUCAUCUACUUUUUCUCCCGUUUCCGAAAGUAGAAAAUGGCUGAUGGUGAGGACAUUCAACCCCUUGUCUGCGACAAUGGAACUGGAAUGGUUAAGGCUGGUUUUGCUGGGGAUGAUGCACCGAGGGCUGUGUUUCCAAGUAUUGUUGGCCGUCCUCGUCACACCGGAGUGAUGGUGGGAAUGGGACAGAAAGAUGCGUACGUUGGCGAUGAAGCUCAAUCCAAGCGUGGUAUUCUAACCCUCAAAUACCCAAUUGAGCACGGUAUUGUCAACAACUGGGAUGACAUGGAGAAAAUCUGGCAUCAUACUUUCUACAAUGAGCUCCGUGUUGCUCCCGAGGAGCAUCCGAUUCUACUCACUGAAGCACCUCUCAACCCAAAGGCUAACCGUGAGAAGAUGACUCAAAUCAUGUUUGAAACCUUCAAUGCUCCGGCCAUGUAUGUAGCCAUUCAAGCUGUCCUGUCACUUUACGCUAGUGGCCGUACUACUGGUAUUGUGCUGGACUCUGGGGAUGGUGUGAGCCACACGGUCCCUAUCUAUGAGGGAUAUGCACUUCCCCAUGCAAUCCUACGUCUCGAUCUUGCAGGUCGUGACCUCACAGAUGCUCUGAUGAAGAUACUCACUGAGCGUGGUUACUCUUUCACCACAACAGCUGAGCGUGAAAUUGUCAGAGACAUAAAGGAGAAGCUGUGCUACAUUGCUCUGGAUUAUGAGCAGGAGCUUGAGACGGCUAAAACCAGCUCUGCUGUGGAAAAGAACUAUGAGUUACCCGAUGGGCAAGUGAUCACCAUUGGAUCUGAGCGGUUCCGUUGCCCAGAGGUUCUUUACCAGCCAUCUAUGAUCGGUAUGGAGAAUGCCGGUAUCCAUGAAACCACCUACAACUCCAUAAUGAAAUGUGAUGUGGACAUCAGGAAGGACUUGUAUGGUAAUAUUGUGCUUAGUGGUGGAACAACUAUGUUCCCUGGAAUUGCUGACAGAAUGAGCAAAGAGAUCACUGCUUUGGCACCGAGCAGCAUGAAAAUCAAAGUCGUUGCACCGCCUGAGAGGAAAUACUCGGUCUGGAUUGGAGGAUCUAUCUUGGCCUCUCUCAGUACCUUCCAGCAGAUGUGGAUCGCAAAGGCGGAAUAUGAUGAGUCAGGCCCUUCAAUUGUUCACCGGAAAUGCUUUUGAGUUUGAAGUUAAGUCUGCUUCCGGAGAAGCCCUGGGGGUUUUCCAAUCUAUCCUUACUGGGUUUUAUCUUCGUUCUCUGCUGCUCUUUGUUUUUGUUCUUCAAUAUUUUCAUAUUCUGUUCUGAGACAUUUUGAAGAACUUACAGUAUCUGUUUGUAGUAUGGUUAAAAAUGCUGUCCUGUUCCUUCUUUUAUCUUUCUUUCUUUCCUUCUUUUUGUUGGAUAACACAUCCGUGUGAGUGAAUAAGAACAUCUAAUUUUCCGAA